AAUGGCUGCUUUAAAUCGUGUAGAAGUAAUUUUUUUAGUUUAAGAUUUUAUUAUUAUAUUACAAUUAAUUCAUUUUGAGAAUGUAUUUACUAUAUUUCACAAUAUUCGUGACAUUGUGUUUAACUGAGCCAAUAUUAGAUUUACAUAAUGAAUGUAUGGAUAUAUUGCUAAAAAAACCUUUUUGGAAUAAUUUAGUGUCAGAAUUUCCAAAUGUAGCUAUAAAAGAUGGAACCAAAGAAAUUACAUUAAGAGAAUUGUUUGGGCCAAGUUUAAAGAAUAAAAUUGUUGACGAAAUAAACGUAAACGAGAAAAUGCCACAAUUCUAUAAAUUGUUGAGUAUUUUUUAUUGUGACUUUUUGUAUAAUUUUCUUGAAUUUCUAAAAAUUUACAAAGAAAAGCAUUCAAAACUUAAGUUAAAAUGGAAUUGUGAAAAUGAUUUGGUACUUCUCAUUGAAUACUAUGACAACAUAUAUUCAAUGAUAUUUAAUUCACUAGUUUUAAUAAAAAGCUGGUACAGUGAUGACGCUAGUAAUAUUUCUAUUAAUACUGAAGAACCAUUAAACAUUUUUAAGCGGAAACUAAUUGAAAUUAACAAAACCAAAAGAAUUACCUACGAGGAUCUGAUUAAUUUAAUGGAAAUUUUGGAACAAUUUUUAAUCAAUAAUUCAAAUGUAAUGACAAGUAUAAAAAUAAAAGCAAAUGAUUCAUCAUCUGCAGAAAGUUUCAUUAUCCUAGUAUUAAGCUCAAAUUUAAAUCUGGAAAACAGAAGUUUGUAUUUAAAGAAGUAUUUAAAGGUUAUAAACGAAGAAUUUUUAAAGUUUUUUAAUGACAUUGGAUUUGCAUUUGAUAAUAACACACGUGGCGUUAGCUUGAUACAAUGAUAUAAAAUACAAAGCUGAAUAUACAUAUGUGCCUCAACCCAAAUUCACUUUAUUCAUGUGGAAAAAUAUAAUAAUUUAUUCAUACAAUAUUUAUUGGGAAAAUUUGUUUGGGCCGAUAACAAAUUUAAGAUAAGUAUUUAUUGAGUUACAAGCAUUUCAAUACAUAGAGUGUGUAUGUAGAUCGGACGAAGUGCAUAUGUACUAGAAUUAGCUGUCACCCAAAAAAAUGUUCAUUUAAGCAAUUUUUAAAUAUAUUAUAGACUUUUUUAUUUCUCGAGGAAAUUUACCAUGGUAAAAAUUACUUCUAGGAUCGCUCCUGUUCAUAUGCUCCUUUUAUACUCACGGAUGCAGACAUUUCGGAUGAUAAUUUGUUUUCAUUUUAGCCAAGACGUGCUCAGAAUAUUUUAUGGCAAGUUAUAGAAAACAGUAUUCAAUAACAAUAUUAUUAUUCCUUUUAAAUUAUAUCUUUUUACAUAAAUUGUUCACACAUAAAUUUAUUUUCUAUUAAAGAUUUCGACACAUACUCUUCUUCUGAAUCCAU